UUCUCUCUUCCUGCAUUGGCAAAUAGUUUUCACCUUUUUCUUUCUUUGUUCUUACUUAUCAUUCUUUCAUGACUGUUUAUGAUUAGUAUUCCUAAUCGAAUCAUAAUCCUUUUCUUUUCUUUUAAUUUCUUCAGGAGCACAGUACUUAGAGAGACUAAAGGUUGGAUUAUAUAUUUUCCGUGUGUGCAUGGUGGGUGGUUCUUAGGGCUCGACCAUGCUUUUUUUUUCCUGCUUGAUAUCGAUGGAUGAGUUCUAGUUAUGGUGAUAAGGUUACUGUGAAGGCCAUUGAGGGUAAUACAUCAAAUGACUUCAUACGCACAAAAACACCAUUUUCGACAAAUAAAAGUUUCCCAAGUUUCGUGUAGCUUUUGCAUUUCAUUUCAUUCUUCGUAGGCAAACCCACCAUUAAUAAAAGCACUGUGGCAACCACAUCGAUCAUGAGCCAUGACUGAUAAAUGAAAUUAAAUUCUCCUUUUCAAUUAUUCUUUAUAAAAGUUUUGUUGCAUAACAUCUAACAUAUCUUACUGCUAAUGAAUUAAUUUCUCAGGCAAUUUCAAUCUUUCAAAAUUACUAAUAUAUUGAGUACGGUAAAGUAUUACCCCUACUUUUCCUCAAAUAUAUACAUAUAUACUAAUACAAGCGCAAUAAUUGUGAGACCGCAUACAAUUCGCAACUACAAGGAUCUUUUGUUAUAUAAAAGCUUUUUCUUCCCCUAGUGGGCGUUCCCACUUCAAUUUGCCUUGCCUUCCACCAUAGCAAAGAUCUUCAUCUAUAUAUAACCUCUUCAAGGCGUGUGCCAUCCACACUUCUCCAAACCUUCCCCUCUUUACUAUCUGAUUAUUCUAACAAAAUCUCCAUAAUUCUCAAUCUGCUUUUCUUCCAUGGCUAGCAACCAAACAUCCCUCAAUGAUGCCAAAUUUGCUCUCCCUAUUAAUGAUGUUGAGCAACAAGCGACCUUAGAGAUUGAAACCGAAGACUUUGACUACUCAAAACGAGCACAAUGGCUACGAGCUGCAGUCCUUGGAGCCAAUGAUGGUUUGGUCUCCACCGCAUCAUUGAUGAUGGGUGUGGGGGCUGUGAAACAAGACAUUAAGGUCAUGAUACUAACCGGGUUCGCCGGUUUGGUAGCUGGGGCUUGUAGCAUGGCAAUAGGUGAGUUCGUGUCUGUCCACUCACAACUAGAUAUUGAGUUGGCCCAAAUGAAGAGAGAAAAGGAAAGAAGAAAUAAUGGAGGAAAAGAGGAACAAGAAGAGGGAGAGAAUAAGGAGAGUUUGCCAAAUCCAUUGCAAGCAGCUGCAGCUUCAGCUCUUGCCUUUUCAGUUGGUGCAUUAGUGCCAUUGCUAGCUGCUUCUUUCAUAAGAGGGUACAAGGUGAGGCUAGGAGUUGUGGUUGCGGCAGUGACCUUGGCUUUGCUGAUCUUUGGGUGGUUAGGGGCUGUGUUGGGAAAGGCUCCAACUGUUAAGUCAUCACUUAGGGUUUUGGUUGGAGGAUGGCUGGCUAUGGCUAUCACCUUUGGUCUUACCAAGUUGAUUGGAUCAAGUGGACUGUGAAUUAAUUUGCCACUCUCUCCCUUCUAGGUUUUUUAUUUUUCCAAGUAAUUUUCGUGCAGUAACCAAGUUGUUUGUCUAGUUUGUUUUCACUUCUUUCCUUUCCCUUUUUAUCUGGCAGUUGUGAUGCAUGUAUGCAUGGGACGUUGAAGUUGGCUUGUUGUAUUAUUAGGAAUUAGAAGCCAAGGAGGGGAGGAGAGUGGAAGUGAUUGGAUUGAAGUAUCAAAUGCUUAUAAAUAAUUAGAGAGAGCUCUCUCUCUCUCUCUUUCACUA